GCCCUGCUCUGACUUGCCGACGAUGUGAGCCUCGCUGAACAUUGCACCGCUUCAUCCACUGCUUUACACCCAGUACAUCGCAGAAUGCUCCUCAGCCUUAUUGCUCUGUUGGCCUACGCUUGCUUCAUCGCAGCCGACCCGGCUGAAGAUGUGCAGGCCCUGUGCAAUGCGGCUAACAAUGCCUACUGCUUCUACUCGCCCAUCGCGGCCUUUCUAUGGAGCAUCCCAGAAGUCAAGACCGAGACUGGCUCCAUCCUCGCCCAGGAUCGCGAUGCCGUCGGCUCAGUCACGUAUCUCCUCGACGAAGGCAGCACUGGAGAGUACAUCAUCUUCUGCAAGAGUGUCGGGUCCAAUCGCUUCACCUUCUCGCUUGGUCUGCCUGGAAGCCAGAUCACGAGUGAUCCCGCUUCGAGAGGGCCUGCCCGCGUGUACUUCAACGACAAUCCGGACGUCUAUGCUAGUCCGGGCCAGACGAUCAAGAGCUCCACACCUGGCGUCGAUGCGACAGUGACGUGUCCUCACUAAGCGGCGGUGUCGUGACAGCUAAAGAGGUCCUGUGACCUGCCCAUCCCUCCGAAUCGAUGUCCACCUCUCCCUCGUCGCGAGCGUUGCCCCCGUACCCUUGCGCCAGUGAUCGUGACUGUCACGCCGUGACCCUGGCCCUUGAUUGACCCUGACCCUGACCCUUCAUUGCCGCUCGCCCGCAAAAGCGGCGGGAGGUCUUCCGACGCACGUCAAGCAAGUCCAUUACCUGAUGCUCGAGCUGACACUCUUUGCUUCUCUCCUCAUCCUCACCCACA